CCAUCAAAGGAAGAAGAAGAAAACUUGAAGUAACAAGCAGAACACCAAACUGCUGAAAGAAAUCAUCUCAUACAUUUACACAACACAACACACAGAUACUGAAGGAGAGACCCUCCCAUUAUCUCAUCUCAUUCAACCAUGCCUACCGCUUCGGAAAAAGCCAAGGCCAAACUUCAGGCCGUUCUCGACGCCGAUAGACAGGACCGCAGCAAUCGCAACAACCGCAUCGCUACGACGCGUUAUCCUGCCGGUGGUUCAGAGGUGACAAAUAGGAUGGACUAUCCAAAUCGUCGUGGUAGCACUGGUGGUCUGAGGGGGGCAAUCAAGGACAUGUUGAACCGUCCUGCUUAUUGACGAGGAUUGGAAUUGGUUCAUGACGUGCCUUGAAAGGUAGCUCGCAACAGUGGGAGGGAGGGCGCUCAGAUUUUUCGAUGGCGUUUUUUUGCUUGUUCUUUGUUUCCCUCCUCCUUUUUUCAGAUUGACUGAUACGGUAUCAAAAGUGAUGUAUGUUGUGAUUGCAUUCAUGCACAUGUUCGCAAGCAGCGUGCCCUCCAAAAAGUACCAAUCAGAUCAGAUACAUAAAUGAACAAACAAUACCAC